UUCCAAGCAAUUUAUUUAAAAUUUCAUAUGCAUGGCUGUCUUGUUGAAGUUUAGGUAACCAGCCACAUGUGUUGUAUAAUUGUAUGGAAUGUAUUCUGCACAUUAGACUUUUUCAUGUAGAAAUGUUGCUCCAUCAGUUUAAUUGAGAAUUAAGGGUAAAGGAAGUUUUUACAUAUAAAUAUUUUCCAAUACAGUAAAUGUGCAUUUGUUUCCCUCCAGAUUAAAGAAGCUGUAGCCCAUCACAUGAAUGGACCAGGCAUGUGUUUAUUUGUGUGUGAGCAGGAUGGAAUGGAUUAUCAUAUAUAAUGCAACUCAAUCUGAAAGACUGCUGAUGAAAGUGAAAUGCCCCGAGAUCACACUCGCGUGUUCUCAACGUCGGGUGUUGUGUAAUGUUUGCAGAGGAGUGGGAUGGCAAUAUCAUAUUACAUAUUUAUAGAUAAUCACAGUUAGUCCUGACUCUGCACAUUUCUAGAAGGUUGAUAAUAUGCUAUGGAAUAUGUUAAUUAUUUCCAUUGUUUUUCAGGAUGGUUUGCUUGGGUCUUUGCUAUUAAGGGUCUGUCAGGACCAGAAAUUAUAUCCUUAAAUGACCCCUGGCCUCCCCCAAUGUUCUGUACCCAAAUAGAUUGCAAAUGACGUGUGUACAGUUUAUUGGCUCUUCGCAUCUUAAUCUCCUCAGAAUCUGAACAGUAUAAAAGGACAGAGUAAGUCCAAGUCAUUAUUUGACUUAAAGAGAGAUUUCUACAACAUUAACAACAGGAAGAUACACCAUAACACAAGCAAUUAAGCAAUACAGGCAUGAAUCUGGACAUAGCCAAACCUGAAGCAAAGACUGGUGGCAAAGCCCCCCUCAGAGCCACAGCUCCCGGUUCCCCACGAAAGGGUCCACCCAAGUUCAAACAGAGAAACACUCGUCAAUUCAAGAGCAAGCCCCCCAAAAGGGGGAUUAUUGGCUUUGGAGAGGAGAUCCCUGGAAUGGAGGGACUUGGCACUGAUAUCACUGUUAUCUGCCCCUGGGAAGCGUACAGCCAUCUAGAGCUACAUGAGCUCGCUCAGUAUGGCAUUAUUUGAGUCUCUUUGCUGUACAAAGAGAACAAAUAAAUAAAAAAAAGAAAUUGAGAGAUUAUUUUAAGCAAUCAUCAACCUGGGUCACUUCUGGAUGGCAAACAUAAAGCUGGAAAUGUAUACCGACUUUAUGUAAUAUAUGUCUGCAUAUUGUGGAUGGUUAUUUUUGUAUGGUAAAUAUAUUGUCAUGAGACUCUCAAGCUGCCAUUUUCAUGCUCAAAAACACUGUUCCCGUGUCAUUGCCUGUGGCUGCAGUGGGAGCUGCAGCUUACAGAUCGGUUACUGGCCAGCAGGAGAUUCUGUCAGCACAGUUUUUUAUACCUAACUCAAAAUAAACCUUUGACUUUUUAAAAUGA